ACGUGCUCGACAACGAAUGGCGCGUGUGCAAUGCCGGGACGUGGAUGAGAGUGGGGUGAGAGCGAGAGAGGGAGAGAGAGAAAUGUUGGUAUUCCCACAGUUCCGCUGCGUGGUCCAGCUUCCGUCAAGCCGCACAAGGCAAGCGGGUGCUGCCAUCGCUGAAAGCUGGGGGGCGGACAAGGUUGGACGCGGCGAGCGGCAGCCAGGGCAGGGACUAACGUUGUCGCCGAGCCGCCCGUUUCCUUUUCUCUUCUCUAAUCUACCAUAGUCUUGAACCUGUGCCCUCGAAUCAAUCUAUCAAGAUGAUGCUGGCGCAACGGUCUGUUCGGCUGCUGCUGAAGGCCGGACGCGGCGGCGCAUUACAGUCGGCCUUUCCCUCGACGAAGCAAGCGUUCGCUACCUCGUCCGCGGCAUUGCCUUUGGGAGAACAGCUGGAAGAAUUCCGAGGAAAAUGGGAGAAGGCUGCGCCGAACCUCGUUUUCCCGACGAUCCCGAGCCAAUUCAUGAAACCCAGACCGGAGGUCCCGGCAGCGAUUCCGGAUAAGCUCACGUUCAACUUCUUCAUGCCGCAUGCUCGAGAGAUUGACGGAGAACAGGUUGAUAUGGUUAUUCUUCCAGCAACCACGGGGCAGAUGGGUGUGUUGCCAGGACAUGUCCCCACUGUUGCCCAGCUUCGGCCAGGCGUGCUUUCAGUACAUGAGGGUAAAGAGACGAAGCAGUACUUCGUUAGCAGCGGAUUUGCGUUCAUCCAUGCAAACUCGACCACUGACGUCUGCGCCAUUGAGGCUGUGCCCCUGGAGGAUCUCAAUCCGGAGGCUGUGAAGUCUGGUCUGGCCUUUUACACAGAACAAGUGAACCGCGCAUCAACUGAGUUAGAAAAGGCAGAGGCAGAGAUUGGUGUCGAAGUCCACAGUGCAAUGAGCGGGGCGCUCGGAUUGUAGCAUUGCCUUGACUUGAUUGGUACGGACAGGCGUGCAUUUCAUCCGUGCUCCAGUCCUUCAGUGUGCAACAGGGAGCCCCCCAAUGUCCGGCUGCAGAUAUAAGCCUGCUGGGGUGAGAGGAGCUAGAGAGGAGGGAAGGGAGAGGGUUUCCAACGUAACACAAGAGAGCCCGAAAUGCAGCAUCAACAAAGUGCAAGGCAUCUUUCGUGGUUGAUGUGGCGGCAUGUGCACUCCAUCUUUUCUCUGCCUUUCCUGGUCGAGCAGUCUGUCUGUGGGCCUGGGUUUCAAACUACGUCGAUUUCUCUCCCCCAGUGCAUUUCUCUGCCUUUCCUGGAUGAGCCCGAACCCCUGUUGCUAGCUCGUCCUCUUCCCCAGUGCUUUGUUUUGCUAUUAGCUGAUUGUGGAGUCUGCGCAUUCUCAUGUUUAUGCUUUUCCCUGUUGCAGUUAUUUCCUCUUCACGUAUCUUCUCUGCAUCCCUGUCUCGCAAUGCGAUAUUUCCUGUUCAUGUCUUCUCCAGACUGUUGCUCCCCGACAGUCCCUGUGCAGUAAACGGGUGCGUUGUCUAUUGCAGCCCAGAUAUUCCCCCAACCUUAUGACAUGACCAGUGAAUGAAGGGCAUUUUUCCUUCAAUUUCAGGAUGCGACUACUUUCUUGGUCUUGAUGUAAAUCACUCGUUUUGGUGCAAACCAGUUGAGAUGUGUUAUCAGCUGUUUCUCUGCUGGGCUCAAGAUUGAGCUUCUCCAAUGUGCGUGUCUUUUAUGGUGUUUCAGGGCUGAAUUCAAGCCAUUCACAGACGAGAGGCCUGAGGUCUUUGAUUUGCAUGUAAAGACCUGGAUUGAUGUGCUGUGUGUGAUUUCGUGAAGUUGUGUGUGCCUUUCCAUCGUCCGGUUUGCAGUAGCCUUUGUUCUUGGCCUUUUUCUUUUUUGUAUUUCGGGUUGUCAGGCUCUGAUUACGGUCGUCUGGUAGUCCAAGCAUCGCACACCCUAUACUCUCCUGGUCCCACCCUUUUGUUGGCGGCUCAUAGUGUUCAGGUAGUGUCGAUUGAUUUGGAUGGAAGUGUUUAUGUCAACCAGGAUUCGAACUCUUGAUCUGGUUAUCAACAGCUACCAAUGUGCACCGUUCAGCCAUGGGACUGGAUCAGAUGUGCUUUUAAAUUUUGUACGUUUUGCCAGACGCCCUAUGUAUGUUUGUUUUCCCUAUUUGCUGCAGGCAUUGUUUCCUACUGCUGCUGGUGUUAAAACACCAGUACCUACCGCAUUUUUCGUACCGCCCGGCCUGGAAUGAAUUUGGACCGGAGGGGCAGGCCGGUUCGGCUUCCACGUUAACGGCCGCUCCAACCGGUAGGUACUGGUGGUUUAAAGUGGUAAUAUGGGUGAUUGAUUGUACAGAGGGGCACAGGCUUGAGGAGUGUGCUGUGCUGCUGGGGGAUGAAAGGAAGGACCCCUUGGGCCUGGCUCAGAAAUGGCGAUAUUGAUUGGUUCUAGCACUGCACACAGGCAGAUUCUUACAGCUGCUAUGCCUGAACUGUGCAUGCCUUUCUUCUAAUGUCUGCAUGCUUGAAUGGUUGCUAGCAGGCAGGCUGAAGUGCAGUUGUUCCCCGCCUCCAGAAUCCAUCUACUGUUGGGAUGGAAGCAGCGGUUGUAUAUUUAUUUAUCUUGGGAAGUAUCUCCCAUAGCAGCAGAAUGGUCUGUCACCCGUGCACUAACACGUUAUCACCAAGUUUGAUUAUGAAUGCAGUAAGAGUAUGCAUGCUCACACUAGGCAAUUAUAAUUACAGAAUAACAAAAUCAGUGGCCAGCC